GUUGUUGCAGGCGGCUGCUGUCAGUCAGUGUCAGAGCUGGUGAGAAAACAUCGAGGAAAUCAGAUUUUUUCACCGCGUUAAGGCAAAUAUGUGAGGCUCCCACAUGGAGGCCGAUCAGGUCCUCGGAGGUCACCCGGAGGAGGCGGGAGGCGACGACGAGGCCAUGCUGUGGUCCAUCCAGGAGGCUCUGGAGAGGCAGACCCUCCAGAUCGGAGCGUCGGCCUGCGGCGCCACGGCGGUGGUGGACGUGCUCAAGGCCCUCGGCGUGGACGUUCCCCCGGAGGAGGCCGACCGCUGCGUCCAGACGCGCCUGAGGAGGAACGAGUCGCCGCUGCCCGACUACCUGCUGUCCCGGAGUGAAGCCGGCGCGACUCACGCUCAGCUCAUCCGGGGAGCGGAGGAGGCCGGCGACGGGAAGGUGGCGGGUCGCUUCUUCCACCUCCACCCUCGACGGCGGGUCCGGCUGGUCGCCUGGCUCGCGGGCUGGAUCCGGAGAGGCGCCGUCCCCGUGGCGACCAUGAACAUGCAGCUGGCCGUCCCCGAAGGCGAGGAGGUGCCCGACGCCUGGCACCACCAGCUCGUGUUCGGAGUGGCAGCCAACGCCGUUUUCAUGACCAACCCUUUAGAUGUAGUGAGCGAGGCCGAGAUGCACCAGCGCCUCUGCAGCGAGUCGGUGCUGCUGGUUCGUCGGGAAGACGUGCUGCAGCGCCUGACGCCCGACUGCAGCCUGUCCGACGUCUCGGGGGGCCAGUCGGACCCUCGAUGGGAAGCUCUGGAUGUCGAAGGUCAGGUGAGGAAGAUGGUUCUAGAAGAAGAGCAGGAAUCGGAUCAACCCAAGACGACACACAUCACCAUCCCGGCGGCGUACAGCUCCGGCGUCACGCUCUUCGCCUUGCGACAGUCAGAGCUGGGGCAGGAACUCCUGGCUGCUCCUGAGCUCCCGUUGUUGUGACCACGCAGGGACCUGAGGCUUGAAGACUUAUUUAUUGUGAUGGAAGAAAUGAAUCGUGGGACACUUUGUUGGGAUCAGCAGAUAUCAGUCCAGGCUCUAAUGGACGAGAUGUGAAGCAGGAUGAACAGACAGCGGCUGCUUCAUGAUCUGUCACCACUUUGAGAAGCUGUUUAAUCACAUUUUAAGACAUAAACAACUUCCUCCAUGA